CUCUGCUCCAGGAAGAGCAUGAUGGCGCGCGGUGUGUGUUGUUGCUUCGCCUCCCUGCGUCGCGGGGUCCGGAGGUAACAGCGGUGUCACCGCGGGGCUCUAGCCGAGAAACAGUGACACGCUGACGGUUAGGAAGAGACGCGUCGGGUUGGUUCUAAAAUCUAAUGGACGACAAUCUGUCUCGGAGGGAGGCAGCUCGCCCGCCGAAGAGGGCGGCUGCUGCUGCCGCGGAGGUUGGAGCUAACGAUAGCCUGCAAGAUGGCGAGGUGACCGAGGUGCACCCAGGCAGGGAGCCGCACGCUGCGGGCAAACUGAGCCCUGCUGCCGGGAGGAUGGAGAGGAGGUACUCCGCACAGCUCGCGGUCCACCACAGGCACAUGCCGAUCGAGCCCCUCAAGUUCCUCAUACCGAGGAAAACCAAGGAAAAGAGAGCUCUGUUCCAGUACGUCUCCAUUGAGUCCAGAGAGUAUGACGACAUGAUGACCAUCCUGACCUCCAACUACAUCGACACCGGCUCCGCUGGCUGCUUCACUUACUGCAAACCUCGGCUCGUGCACAGCGAGCUGCUGGAGAAAGAGUUUGUGGAGAAGAGAAAGGAGAUGAAGGCAGAUGGGAGGACAGACAAGGAGCUGGAGGAGAGCUACUGCUUCCUGUCAUCUGUUGACUCUGUCAAGCUGCCCGGGCUCUGUGAGAAGGGGCUGCUUGUGGGCCAGAGCUGGAUCACAGUGCUGGGAAACCCCAGUAAAGGAGUGUAUCUGUCCAAGUACUCAGACCUGCUUCAGAUCAACCCCCUGAAUCCUGGAUUCACGGGGGAGAUCAUCAUCUUCAAAGUGAUGAAGGGGAAAGUGAAGAGUAUCUAUGAAAACAUGAAGAAUCUUCUGGAUCCAACGCCUCGCUUCGACAGCCACAUGUCCAAGAACGCCAGCAAAGUCACGUCGCUCUCCUCCUACCGCGCCUUCGAACUCACACAGCAAUACUUCUACGAGUACACAUUCGACGAGCUGCGGCAGCGGCCUCGCCAGGUUUGUCCGUACGCCGUCGUCUCCUUCCAGUUAAAAGGAAAAGACUCACCACUGCCCAUUAAACCUCUGGCCCCCAACAGGUUGAACAGUCAGACAGCAGAGGGGAGUAAAGAGCGCGCUCAGUUCACAGUGUGGACCGGAGAUUUGGUGAAAGGUUACAGAGUCCUCUUCCAGAUCUCCCUUCGCUCCUUCUGUCCUCCCUUCCUGCCCCACAGACUACCGGAGAAGUUGGAAAUCGGUUGUUUGAUGAGGCUUGACCAGGUGACUGAGCACCUGUCCUCCGACCUGCUCUCCUACAACCUCUACAACAGCAGCCAAGAAGUUGUGAAGAACGGCUAUUGCUGCUGCCUUCUGGAGGUGACUGACAGAAGUCGGUCUAUAACCAGCGUGACGAGACUGCUGCUGGAACUGGAGAUGAAGAGAGUGGUUUUGGUGACUCCACUUCCAGACAGCGGCUUCCUCCUCCUGAUAUCCAGUGUUCAGAUGGCCACACCCUCAGAGAGAGGAGAGAGCUGGAAGAGGUGUCUUCAGGCUUUGUUUGUGUUCCCAGAGUCCAGAGAUCUGGCCAUAUCCACAUUAAGAGGUGCCUCCUCGUCCCAUAAUGCCUCAGAGUCGUCGAUGUCUGUUUGCACUGCGAUGCCGCGGCUGAGCCAGUUUAUGCCCGCGCUGCACCAUGCCCUCGUCAAGGCCCGCGCCAACCCGCCUCCUGAGCUGUCUGCCGGUGUGGAGCGCCAAGCACGGGAAUACUUCAUCGGCCUGAAGGACGGCAAGGUCCGACUGUACCCGAUGGGCGAGUACGACGCCAAACUGGAUGAGGAAGGAAACCUGUUGCCUGCUCCCAAACACCACCGAGUGAACAUGGACGGCUACCUGCGCUCCUACCUGUACAGCCCCGCCUUCUACCUGCUGCCGGUGGGCCGGGCCAGGCAGAUGGUGGAGGCGCACUGUGGCCCCGAGGAGCCACAGGCGGUGGAGUUCAGGAACAGCAGUGGAGGCCAGAGCGAGGCGACGGGGAAGGAGGCGAGCAGCAACGCUAGAGACGGACAGUCCAACACUCAAAAGAUGCAGCAGCUGAUCGACCUGGUUUUGACCUGUAAGAGAAAUGCAGAGAAUGAGGUGAGGAGGGAGGAAGAAGGAGGAGGAAGAGGGGUGAAGGUACAAGGGAGGAAGAGGAAACUGGAACAGGAGACGGCAGAGAGGACGCUUAAGUUCCUGAAGGCAUCACAGGAACCCGGAAGACACAGCAAGACUACCGGAAUCCCUGUCCCCGGCUCUCUUGCGUCUGUGAUUGGCUCGGUGGGCUUGAAGGACGUUGAUCUGAGGGAAGAUAGCUCUGAACUAGCUGCUAGACUUCUCAAUCUGCUAACAGACCUCAACCAGGCUGCCCGGGGAACGGCCAAUCAGAGCCUCUGUGACGGGCAAGAGGAGGCGCAGAGGGCGUCCUGGCCUUUUGAUAGGUUGGCCACUAAGCUGGGUCUGCCCACCAACUGUGACCUUGACCUGAGGAAGCAGGAAGAGCUGGAGGCGGUGGGCAGCGUCAGUAGUUCGGAGGGAUUCAGUCCGAGCUCCCACAGUGGCGAGAUGAAUCACCACGGAGCAGCAGGUAGAGGAGGAGGAGGGCUCGGGAGGAGAGCAGGAGGAUACGAAGCGGAGGAGGAAGAGGAGGAGAUCCCCUGGGUUCUCAUCCCCAUCACAGGUGUGUGUUCACAGAGGUACACCCAGAGAGACAGGAACAUCCCUCAGGACCCUCGCUUCCAGCACCUCACCACGGCAACGAGCAUCACCACAACAACCACACCUCCCAGGAUGUGUCGCACCCCUUCUCCCGAGCCCAGCCCUCCUCACUCCCCCUCCCAGUGCCCUUCACCCGACCCCAGCCCUCCCCCUUCACCCUCACUAUGCCCGUCUCCAGAGCCCAGUCCGCCCGCUUUCCCGUCUCAAUGCCCGUCCCCUGAGCCCAGCCCUCCCCCCACUCCCUUCCAAUGGCCGUCUACACAGCCCAGCCUUUCUCCUUCCCAACGCCCAAACCCUCCUCAGCUCGGCCGCACCCCCAUCCCCUCAUUGUGCCAGUCCGCGCGGCCUAAUGAGCACAACCUGUUAAACAAGGACCCCAGCGGAGCUAACGAGGAGCAGUUAGCCCCCACAGCCCCCACAGCCCCCAGGGAGUCUGCAGGAAUGUCCAAGGACAGAGAAGAGAAAUCUCAGGGGGAAAGAAAGAAGCCAUCUAGUUCUGCAUCCAUCCAGCCGCCUGUCCCUGCAGCUCCAGAGAGGAGGACACCCUCGCCAGCACCCACUGAGCGAGAGAAGGCAGAUGCAGAGCAAAUGAUUCAUGUGGUAGCUUGUGAUAAGGAGCCAAAAGGAGAAGUGAAGGAACUUUUAGGCGGCUCUUGGUUUUCUCCGCCCGUCUCCUUACCUCCUUCUUGUCUUGACAGCGUUGUGGACAAACAUCUGGACGACUUCUCCUCUGAGAUGCAGCUCCUCCUGCAGGAGCAGAGCGUUCAUUGCAGCUUCCCACAAUCCCCACACUCCACCUCCAACACAGAAACCCCCACACCUCAACACACACUCCCACACACCCCCAUAUCUCAGUUUUCACAGUAUGUGUCUUUCUACAACCCCUGCCCCCCGGUCCAGGACUACGUAAGCUCACUAAUUGACGGCAUUGACAACAUGCUGACAGAGUUUGAUGGCGGCGAGCCGAGCCACAAACCUGGCACCAGCCGGACUAAUGUUGAUGCCGCGCUGGCGAGCAGAGUUAGUGAUUUUGUGUCCAGCAUCCGAGCGUCUAACGCUCAAACGGGCAGAGACGAAGAUAUAUUUGGUGAACUGACAGCUGCUGGCGUUGAUGCGUCAGUCAGUCAAACUCCUGCACUCUCCAGAGGAGCUGAAGUCUUGCAGCCUCAUACAAUCCUCACUGUUCCUGAUACUACAGCCAACAGGAGUCCCCUGUCGUCGUCUCAUGUCACUUUAUCUGUUACUACCUCUGCGUCUGGUUCUGUCUACAAGCCCGCUAACACUUCCGUCCUCAUUCCUCCUCCUCACACGUCCCCACAGCAGAGUCACACUUUAGAGACCAGUGGAACAGCUUCUAUCAGACAAACACAAGACCCCAGCAGGACGGUACAUUGUAGUGGUGUAGAAGGUGGGAGUAGUGCGGCAGGUACAAACUGUGAGGUGCCGGGGUUCAGCGGCAUCUCUAAGCCCUCGACAGACCCCUCGCACCCCUCUGAGCCGGUCUCCAGUCCCCCGGCCUCUGCGCUGAGCUCCCUGAUCAGCCAGCUGCAGCCGGAAGUGUUCAACAGCCUGGUGAAGAUCAUCAAAGACGUCAAGAGAAACUCCCUGCAGUUCUACCUCCACUGCACCGAGCCGAAGGACCAGGUCCAUGAAGACGUGAAGGAAUACCUGUUGAAGCAGGGGAACACCGAGCAGAGUCCCUUGACUUUUCUGAACCAAGAAAACUCUGCGGACAGAAUGCUGGUCGUCAUUAACAACAAAGACAUCGCCGGACACGUACGCAAGAUCCCAGGUCUGGUGUCUCUGAAGCGACAAGCCUCUGUGGUGUUUUGGGGAAUCGAUACGCUGGACGACAUCAGGAACAACAGCUACAACGAGCUUUUUGUCUCUGGGGGCUGCAUCGUUUCGGACGAGUUAGUCCUGAAUCCAGACCGCAUCACGAACGAUCGCCUGACUGCACUGCUGACGCUCCUGGAGCAGCACAGCUCUCGAGACAGCGUCUGGAGGCUGAAGGUUCACUGCAAAACCCACAAGAAAUUAAAAGAACAAUCCAGGUUCAGAAGAGACGCAGCCAACCUGCUGGACGUACUGUCAGUCUAUCAGAAGCGGCAGAUUGUUGAGUUCCUCCCAUAUCAUCACUGCGACAUGAUGAACCAUCAGUCGCCCGACCUGGACUGUCUCAUGGAGCUCCAGGCCCGAUACACUCAGUACCGACACACAGUCUUCCUGACUGAGCAUCAUCAGAAGUUCCCUGCCCACUGCAAUAGUGGCAUCAUCGUGGCCAGUUUUGAAGAAAUUCUGCACAACUUUACCAGAGUGGUCGGUUACCAUGACAUCGCGGACAGGCAGCCAAUCAUAGAGGACAUGCUGGCUCCCAAAGGUCUCGGGAGGCAGCUGAGUCACAGUAACUCCGUGUCAGACUCUGAACGCUCUCCCUCUAUCUUCCCAGAACACAUCCCUCCCCUCUCCUCUCGUGACCAACCCCAACACUUCCUCCAGCAGUCCGACUCCACCCCUCCCACUCUCUCUCACCUGUCUGACCAGCUCGUCCCAGACGCCUCCUGUAAGGAAGGUGUGCCGCACCAUUCAGACACAGACCUGGAGGUUCUCCGACUGGCCAUCCUACAGUUACGGGCUGAGCGUCAGGCGCAGCUGCAUCAGCAGUUGGACUCUCAGGCAGAGUUAAGCAUCCACUCCCUCAAAAGCUUCCUUCCCAAUGUCAUUCCUACAGGUAGCGGUCACACCACCCCUCCUUUAGCUCAAAGAGGUCCCACUGAGUUGGUAAAGGUCUCUCAGGACAGGAAAGCCGUGGCAACCACUCUGGAGUUAAUUCACUCGGCAUUAAAGCAGGAGACGUCGGAGCAGGAGAGGAGGGAGGACAGAGCACCGACUCCCCUAGAGGAGCGGAGGAGAGGAGGAGGAGGAGAGCUUGGAGAUCAGAGAGAUGAUACUCUAGUAAGAGCGGCGGGGACACUGGAAGGAAACCAGCAUCCUUCGUCCAAUCAAAGCACUGCUGCAGUGAUGGGACCAAGUUCCCAGACAGACUCCACUAUUUACGGGAGAAAGAAAGCAGAGCAACAAGGAAAACCUUUAUUUCCCGAAGCAGCUAAACAUGCUGCAGCCUCCUCCAGUACGACAGCUUGUCCUGUAGAGGGCGACAGAUCGAGAGACACACAGUCUGGUCAGGAACAACCAAUAGGAGAAGAGGGAGCACCACCUGGCAGUGGCAUCAAGAUCCAGCAGCCCCAACAACGUCUGCAGCAACUGAACAACCAGCAGCUCCAGCUGAAUCCGUUACACCUACAACAACUACCUCACAGCCAGCAUCAGCAGUGGGGUGUCGGCCUCCUGCAGCCCCCCCAUCCUGCCUCGAUUCCCCAACCAGCCUUUCUCCCGCAGCCCCAUGCUGAGGCCCUUGACUGCCCUGAGAGAUGGCCUCCUGGGACCCAUGCCUGUCUGGCCUGGGGGCCUGGUCCCUGCAGGUGCUGCUGCCCUGGUCUGGGGCUUCCAGCAAGCCAGCAGGGGCUUCACGGGUCCUAGACUGCUGGGCGGGUACCACAACCCUGCAGGUCCGGGCAGCAGCAGGUUCAGAGGGAGGCAAAGAGGAAGAGGCUUUAAUGGGAUGUAGAGCCGGUUUCACCCAAGUAACGUUCCCUGAGCACUUUCUCACUCCUGCUGCCGUUCAUGUAGCAGGUUUAAGAAAACCAAAAACUAUCUUUACCAGAGAUUUGGAGGUUAAAACACGGACAUUUCAAAUACUAACCGGUGCUAGACUGAAGAAAGAAGUGACCACACUCUGUACGCAGCUCCAAGGUUCAUUAUUUAUUAUCACAGUCAGGGUGAUGUCUGAUCCCGUAACCUUCACAGUACAAAUCCGUCUCCAAGAAUCUGGACGUUUCAUUCAUAAACUUGGUUUCAGGAAGAAUAUUAAAAUACAAACUUGAAUCUUUUUUUUUUUGAAUGCACUUUCACUUUUAUUUAAUAGUGAUCGUAGAGAUGCAGACAGGAAAUACCGGGAAAGACGGCAUCCAAAAAAGGUCCCCUGCUGGAACAAAUUUUUAUUUUACCUACAAUGGCCAUAAUACGCCGUCGUACUAUGAAGAUACCACCCUGUGAAUCUUUUUAUUUUCAAUACUCUUCCUGAAACUAAUUUUAUGAACUUUGUAUUUUGUGUUCCCCGCCCACAUGCUCUUCAUCAGACACUGAAACUCUGCGUCAUUCUUUAAUGAAGCUCAGUAGAGGAAAAAAUAAAAGUCUCACCCUCAGUUAAUGUGAGUAAAAAGAAACCCUUGUGUAGUGUGCAGAGUGUGGACUAGAGGAAGUUGUUGUGCCUGCAUAUACUGCAGAAAUCAGCUGCUGGAGAGAAGAAUAAAAUCCUGCAGCCUUCUGUGUGGAAACGUUUUACUACCUUACUGUAAUCACGUCCUGUUUUUAGAAAAAACACUAAUAGAAAAUCUCCUGCAUCUUUGAACAUGUUUACAGGAGAUGACAAAGAAACGUUGAGCAAAUGCCAAGUUUCUCUGCCAUGUUUUUAUUUAGUCUAACUCUAACCUGGAAUGUAAAUACGUCGAUUUCUUAAGAGUAAAUAUUCCUCUGUUUUUGUUUUUGUAAGCGCUUUUUGACUAAGAUGUUAAAAGACUGGUUGGAUCCCAGUUCCCAGCUUUCUUGAACGCACCACCAGCUUGAUGAUUUUGGCACAAAUUCAUGUUUUCUACAGUGAGGAAGCUUGAGCUGCUUAUUGUUUCAUCAUGGGAGAUCCUGAUUAUUAAAGUGGACUCUAACACUAUUUAAGAACUUAAAACAACAAGCUGUGAAGGACUAAUAUGGACAGACUGCCUUACACGUCUUCCAGUGGACUCUUUGUCUUGUAAAAACGUUUUUGUACUGAAUGUUUUGUUUGUUACCCUGUGUGCCGUUUGUGUUUAGUUGCUGUUGUAUGUACAGUAGGAAGUGACUUUGUAACACUCGUUUUAACUUUGUUUUAUUUUGACAUCUGUUUGUAUUAAAAGUUGUCUGUGU